CUGUCUGUGACAUGUAGUCACUAUGCCUUGUGAAGCCUGCCUUCUGAUCUCCUCUACUGUGUCUGCAGUCUCUGGUCAUCUCCUGUACUGUGUCCGCAGUCUCUGGUCAUCUCCUGUACUGUGUCCACAGUCUCCGGUCAUCUCCUGUACUGUCCGCAGUCUCUGGUCAUCUCCUGUACUGUGUCCACAGUCUCAGGUCAUCUCCUGUACUAUGUCCGCAGUCUUUGGUCAUCUCCUGUACUAUGUCCGCAGUCUCUGGCCAUCUCCUGUACUAUGUCCGCAGUCUCUGGUCAUCUCCUGGUCAUCUCCUGUACUAUGUCUGCAGUCUCUGGUCAUCUCCUGUACUGUGUCCGCAGUCUCUGGUCAUCUCCUGUACUGUCCGCAGUCUUUGGUCAUCUCCUGUACUAUGUCCGCAGUCUCCGGUCAUCUCCUGUACUAUGUCCGCAGUCUCUGGUCAUCUCCUGUACUAUGUCCGCAGUCUCCGGUCAUCUCCUGUACUAUGUCUGCAGUCUCCGGUCAUCUCCUGUACUGUGUCCGCAGUCUCUGGUCAUCCCCUGUACUGUCCGCAGUCUCUGGUCAUCUCCUGUACUGUGUCCGCAGUCUCUGGUCAUCUCCU